AGAUUUCGUUUCCCCAUCCGCGGAUCGCCCGUAAUAUCGUUCGCUGCUGCCGGCAUGGCUAUUUCCUGUGACGAGACUGUGACACAAACAAAACAAAUCCCAAAAGUUGAGAGAUCUCUCUCGAUCGUACGAUGGCGCCCGCAACGAGCAGCAUGCAGCAUGUGCACAGCGUGAGUCGACGAUGGCGAUACCCAUCCACAACGACCUUCUUGUACUGUACAUCUACCACAUUCAUCUUCAUGCAAUUCCUCGUCCCGACCUAGUCGUCAAUCGAUCAAUCUCCACCACCUAUAAUCAUGGCGACCUCGAACGGUUCCGCCAUCAGACAACGCGCGACCCCCGUCAACGGGUCCAACGGUCACACCUCCUCGAAGAACGGCCACGCAAACGGGGUGAACGGCAACGAUACCAGCAAGGCUGGAGGGUAUGCUAGUCAUAUUACCGAACAUGGGCGAGAGAUCGAUAGGAAGUUGGAUGCUCACGAUGAGUGGGAAUUCGGUGGACCCGUAGGAACGCUGGCGAUGAUGCUAGGUUUCCCCUGCCUCAUGUACUACCUCUGGAUCUGCCUGUGGCACUUUCAAGGCAGGCUCGUCCACCCGACUAGUCUCUCAUGGGACGGGAAAGGCGGGAUUGGAACGUUCUUGUCAGAGAUGGUCGGGAUCGUAAAGAAGGACGCCUACCCGACUAGGUAUGCGUUCAACACCUACGCUAGCUUGAUCGCUAUCCAGUUGGUUCUCGCUCUCGUCAUGCCUGGGCUCGAUCAGGAAGGUCUUCCCGUUCCCUCGCUCAACUACAAGUCGUUGAUGUACCACUGCAACGCCCUCGCCUCGUUCUACACCACCAUCGUCCUCGCGGCCGUCUUCCACGUCACGGGGAUCUUUCAACUCCCGCACCUGAUCGAACAUUUCGGAGAGCUCAUGUCGUGGGCCAUCAUCAUCUCCUUCUUCUUCACCUUUCUCAUCUACACCCUCGCCGUCACUUGUCAUUACGGAGGGAAACCGCUGAGGAUGUCGGGCAACGUGAUUUACGACGUCUUCAUGGGUGCGAGCUUGAACCCGAGGUUGUUCACUUCGAGGGCGUUCGCGUUGGGAAGGAAGAGGUGGGAUGGGGUCGACUUGAAGAUGUUUGCCGAGGUCAGGGUGCCUUGGGUGUUGUUGUUCAUGAUCGCCGUGUCCGGAGCCGUCAAGCAGUACCAAGAUCUCGGUUACGUGACGCCCAACAUGCUCUUCAUGAUCCUCGCGACCGGGCUCUACAUCAACGCUUGUGCCAAGGGUGAACACAUGAUCCCUCAGACCUGGGACAUGUUUCACGAGAAAUUCGGGUUCAUGCUCAUCUUCUGGAACAUGGCCGGAGUACCCUUCACCUACUGUUACCCGAUUCUGUACAUGGCCAGGAACGACCCGGCCACUUACCGAUUCCCCACGCUCGUCUACGUUGCCUUGUUCGUCACCUUGUGCUGUGCAUACUACGUGUUCGACACUUCGAUGAGCCAAAAGUCAGCGUUCAAGAUGCAGAGCCAGGGCGUCUACGUACCCCGGGCUUCGUUCCCUCAGCUUCCCGGUUCCGUCUGUGUCAACCCUACCUUUAUUCAGACCAAGCACGGUAACAAGCUCUUGACAAGUGGUUGGUGGGCCUGGGCUAGGAAGCCGAACUACACCGCAGACUGGAUCCAGGCUUUGACUUGGGGUCUCUCUGCCGGUCUCAACACCCCGAUCACCUUCUUUUACCCCGCCUUCUUCAUGACCGUCUUGAUUCACCGAUGCGGGCGAGACUUUGAGAGGUGUGCGCGAAAGUAUGGCGACGACUGGAAACGAUACACCGAAGUCGUCAAAUACCGAUUCAUUCCCGGUGUCUACUGAGUGAACACAAUUCGUUUCGGAGAACUUGAGACAAACAGGCUGGCAUAUUCUUCAGAUACCUGUUUACAACCAUGAUAUAAAAAUACAUCUAGGCGCAUACUGAAC